UCGCAUUAUAACAGUUACAGAGUAUUCUACAAUUUCUGGAGUGGAAAUGUGGGCAGGUACUGAUUGAUCUUGUGUUCUUAUUUGCCUGUGAGAAGCAGCGAAAGUGCGAGGAGCCUCUCUUUGACCAACGUAAACUGCACCGUUCACGAUCUCACCCGUGCAGCUGCGAUCCCGAGUAUAGCCCAGCGCACCCUGCUAUCCGAUCAGUGGUCAUGGAGGCCGUAGAGGUCGGCGAUCUGACGAAACUGCUCAGCGAAACGGACACCCUCGGAGUGAAAAUGCAGCAAGACCGCUGCGCUGUAUGCUUCGAAGUUGCAUCCGGUUUGAGUUGCGGAGUGUUGACGUGCGUACCUUGCAAACUUUUCUUUCUAGCCAACUGGAAAAAAACGACUUUAGAAUGUAAAAAAAGCGGUCGGUGUGCGGUCGAAAAUGUUUCCCGCAAGACGUGCAGCAAAUGUCGUUUGGAAAAAUGUCGUGCAGUCGGCAUGGAUAUUAGGAAAUCCUCAAAGCAUCCAGACCGCGCCCGGUUGGAAGCGGAGCUUUUAGAACUUCGCAACCACAGAACUCCUAAUCCUUUCGCAAAGAAAGCUGUCAGAGCCGUUGUUCGAAACGCCCAAAGUGUGGAUGACUUGGAAAAAUUACUCGUUGCGGUGAAGAAGGAAAAUUUUGAGGAAACUGAAUGUGUGCCGUUCGCGCAUAAAGUUAUCAAGGUUAACGAAAACGAAGUCUUGAGUCAUGUUCUGACCGCACGGAUAUUUCGAUGGAAUCGCGUAACAGCAAACAACGUCUCUUCUUCACACAAGUGCACGGUGGAUACCGGUUCCGUUUGCAUUAAUCCUUACCAUUAUCGUAAAGCUGAAAUGGCGGAUCCGGUUGGGAGCGUCUGCGUUGUGACGGGUUGCAGCAAUUACACAAAAAAAAAUCCCAGCCCGGGAUUUUUCCGUUUGCCGGACAGAACUACAGACGAAGAGCGCUAUUUGCAGUUUUUCUCCCUGUGUGCUCGUCAAGAUUUGGAUAAGACGGGAUUCACCAAACACCACCGCAUUUGUGGAAAGCAUUUUCUUGAGUCUGAUUUUAAUACAAUAGGAAAACGGCGGAUGCUUAAGAAAACGGCGAUGCCAACACAGUUUAUGCCUAAGCCAAUCAAUAUCGCUCCUUUGAGAAGAGAUGUUGUCCGUUUGAGCUUUGAAGAAACCGAGGCAAAGAAAAGCUGGGAUUUUGGAAGUUAA